CCCACAGCCCACAGCUGCUCUUUCAGGGCAGUUCUGGAGCUGAGCUUUCUCAUCCCAGUUUGCUGAAAAAUAUAAGCCAUGUCCUUUCUCUGUUCCUACGCGGUGGACACUUUCCUCUACCUCCUCCACUCAUGGUCCGCAGAAGCCUGCGAUGUGUCGGCCCCAAAAGGAAAAACAAAGAAUUCACAAGAGCACAUGGCCCCAGGAGACAGAAAACAUCGCCAUUCCUCUUGCCCAACAGCUGACAGAGUGCCAGAGGAAGAGGAACUCGAACGUAUUCUCGAGGACAAUCCUGCAGGAGCGCUGUGUCAGGAUCCUAGACGAGACGUUUUAGGAGGCCUGGGGGAGGACCCACGGAGUCCGCGGACCCUGAGGCUGCUCCUGGUGGGCAAAACGGGCAGCGGGAAAAGCGCCACCGGAAACAGCAUCCUGGGCCGGAGAGAGUUCGAGUCUAAACUCAGCGCUCAACCGGUGACCCUGACCCUCCAGCGGGGCAGCCGCGCCUGGGCCGGGCGGGAGCUCGAGGUGAUCGACACCCCCGACAUCCUGUCCCCGCGGGCCGGGCCGGAGGCGGCGGCAAGGGCCAUCUGCGAGGCGGUGGCCUUCUCGGCGCCCGGGCCGCACGCCGUGCUCCUGGUGACACAGCUGGGCCGCUUCACCGACGAGGACCGGCAGGCCGUGCGGCGCCUGCAGGAGGCCUUCGGGGUGGCCGUCCUGGCGCACACGGUGCUGGUGUUCACGCGCAAGGAGGACCUGGAGGGCGGCUCGCUGGAGGAGUACGUGCGGGCCACCGACAACCAGCACCUGGCCCGGCUGGACGCGCUGUGCGCGCGGCGCCACUGCGCCUUCGACAACGCGGCGGCCGGCGGCCGGCAGGAGGCGCAGCUGCGGGAGCUGCUGCAGAUGGUGGACGGCGUCCUGUGGGAGAACGAGGGCCGCCCCUACAGCUACCCGGCCUGCCGGGACUCCCAGCAGCGCGGCCUGCUGCGGGCCGCGCGGGAGACGCCGAUCAGCCGCGGGCAGGGCUCCGACGGGGCGCCCCUCCGGGAGCCCCUGCUGGAGGGACUGUGCCGGUUCCAGAAGGAAUUCGAGAAGGCGCACAGACAUCUGCUGAAGAGCGCGCCCAUCUGAGCUUCCGCUGGACCGCGGCCCCUGGAGCCCGCUGCCAGCCCGUCCCCUGCUCUCUCCAUCCCCGGGGCUCACUGGCCAUCCCAGGCUCCUGGGGGGGGGGGG